AUGCGUUCAAAAGCUGUUCGUCAGUUACAAAGUUUGUUAUCGCAGUGGACCUGUAUCAGUCAUAUUCAUUGCCAUGGGACUGAAGAAGCUGGUGUUCUUGAAGCGAUAGAACAGAUAUUGGUUCAAGACAGAGAACAGGAUGAGUCUUCUCUGUAUGCGAUAAUAAACUGUCUUCUUGUGAAGAGCUCACUAAGAGUGCUGGUCGAAGAGCUUCUACGUCAACUCAAUCUCAAACGUCACGGCAAGGUGGAAACUAUUGAUGCACUGGCAGCAUUUUUGGGAUCUCACCUAUUCUCUGCAAAGAAAAGAGUCAAGCUGACUAUCGUAUUGGAUCAAGCACAAGCGCUUUCAUGCCUUCCAAUAUCAACUGUGAAAAGCUUACUUUCUCUUCCGAAAGCAAUUCCUUUGUGCUGCCCGAAUUCCCCUGAAGAACCUUCCAUACGUUUCAUAACACGUAGCGAAUUACCAUGGAAUUGGAUCCAUUUGUUCAGCACAAUUUCCUGGCCGAUUUCCAUUGGUUUUGAAAGUCCCACUGAAGAAGAAUGCAUUGAAUUGCUUGCGAAAUUUUUGGAAGAAGAUGGUGUUAGCAGAAGAGUGGUGGAAUACAUUGUAAAAGCUGUUUCUUUCGAGACUCGAGAUGCGAAUAGGAUCCUAGAAAUUAUUCGUCUCGUUUGUGCUAAAUACACUGAAAAACACGGUGAUAUUAAUGAAAUAAAGAACAUGAAGUUGUUAUCUAUCGUAGAAGCUUUGAAUGAAACUGAUUGCUUCUAUCAGGACGAGAAUGAGCGUGAUCAACCUAUAAAUCUUCCGUUAUCUUCUAAGUACGUCCUCAUUGCUUCGUUUUGUGCCAGUCAUAAUCCUCCAUCCACUGAUAAACGAUACUUUCUCAAGUUUCAUGGCAAAGAAAAACGCUCAGAAGCCCGAGAAAGACGAGCGGAGCUGUCAGCAGAACAACGUGAAGCAGAUGCUAGAUCUGCAGAUUUACAACGAAUCAAAUGCAUCUAUUUGGCUCUUAUAAAUCUGUAUCCUGUGGAGGAUAUUGAUCUGGAUUUUGACAUUAAUAUGCAGAUUGCCACAUUGUGCACUACUGGUUUAAUAGCAAGGACAACUAGUCCGUCAAAUCUUGAUCAGCCACGAUUUCGGUGCCUGCUCUCAUUUGAGAAUGUGAACGAGAUUGCACAGUCACUAAGGAUUCCACUGACAGAUUAUUUGGACGAACUGCAUAUAAUAUGGCGCGCUUGUACAAAUAUUGAGAGGAAAAAUGAAGAUGGGAUAUCCGAUAAAAUUAAAGGUUAG